GCGCCCUCCCGCAGCAGCCGGGGCAGGGCAUGUGUCUGUUGAGGAUGGAGGAGAAGUUCGCCAGCGGCCAGUACGCGGGCAUCACCGAGUUUGUGGCCGACUUCAGGUUGAUGCUGGAAACGUGCUACCGCCUGCACGGAGUGGACCACUGGGUCUCCAAGCAGGGCCGGAAGCUGGAGAUGCUGCUGGAGCAGAAGUUGGCGCUCCUGUCCCGGCACUUGAGAGAAAAGACAACGAUAGCAGUUACAUCUAGAGGCUAUUAUGGAUUGGAGGAUGAGAAGGGAACUGCAUGUACUUCAACAAGGCGUCGGUCAACACCUCGAAGUUUGGCAGGCUUGACAAGCGGAGUUUUUGAGUCUGUAAUGGUUCAAGUUUUGAGACAGGAAGAACAGCUGAGAGCAAAAGAAGAAAAAAGUACUCAUGGUCUGGGGCUGGAUUCCAUCAUCUUCCCCAAGAGGCUUCGGGAGCAGGAAAGAAAAGAAGCAGAAGAAGCUUGCCAAAAAGAAAUAGAAGAAUGGGAAAGAAAACUUCUCGCUCAGGCAGCUCCAACUUAUAUGGAAAACAUGUGGGAAAUUCCAGCCAUUGGACAUUUCCUUUGUUUAGCCCAGCAAAUUCUAAAUUUGCCAGAAAUAGUCUUUUAUGAACUGGAACGAUGUCUUCUGAUGCCUCAGUGUAAUGCUUUUCUGUCUAAAAUAAUGACUUCUCUGUUAAGUCCUCCCCAUCGCAGACCUACCUUACAUCGAAGACCUACUUUGCCUUAUAGGACCUGGGAAGCAGCAUUGAGACAGAAAGUGCAGCAGUGGUACACUGCUGUAGGGCAGACUGAAAAUCCCAAUAAUUGUGCUGAAAAACUUGGAUUGUGUCCUCAGUUUUUUAAAGUACUUGGAGCAGUUAAUCCGUUGGAAGAAAAACCUUUUCAUGAACUACCUUUUUACCAAAAAGUAUGGUUACUUAAAGGUCUCUGUGAUUUUGUGUAUGAAACACAAAAAGAAGUUCAAGAUGCUGUACUUGGACAGCCAAUUCAUGAAUGCAGGGAAGUUAUCCUUGGUUAUGAUUAUUUGGAGAACGCAUAUGUACAUUUUCCACAGUUCUGUGGAGCAGAUGUACGGAUUUAUAAACAGAGACCCUUUAGGGCCCCAGAAUUUCCAGUUCCACCCAUUAAAAUACAAAGAGUACCUCGGAUUAAACUGGAGAAAUUAAAGAGUGACUGUAUUAAUUCAAGUAAUGCAGAACAUAGGUGUGGUAGAGAAAGCCUGCACUCUGCCUUCAAGAAAGAGCAGGAAAUUGCUUUUGAUCUAGCUUGUUCCCAUGCUAACAUCAGCUUUGAUAAUCAUGAUAUCUCUGUUGAAAUGGAAGUAAAAUCCAACUGUGAAAUUAGAAUUCUCAGGCCCUGUGAAAUUAAAAAAACUGAUUAUUGUAAAGAAAAUUUGGAGAAACCAGAGAGUCCAGGGGAAGUUACUGGCUUUGGAGAGCCACUCAGUCCAGGUGAAAUAAGGUUUAUAGGAAAUCAGGAAAAAUAUGGUGAGGCUUCCAGAAUAAAGACUGAACCUGGUCAAUUAAAAGAAAAUGCUCUAAAAUCUUUCCAUAUUCAUGUCAAUGGAAGUCACAUUGAUCAUCCAGAGAUUAACUGCCACAAAGUUGUGAGGGAUAUUCUAUUAGAGCAGUCUCUGCAGAGCCCCAAGAAAAUAAAACUAACUAAAAUGAGGGCAAAAAAGAAGAAAAAGAAAAAAAAGAAAUUAAAGGAUGUUUUGAAUGAAAACUUACAGAGAAAGCAUGAAGGCCUUCAUUCUCUUGCAUUCAAGUCUUACAAGCCUGAGAUCCAGAAUAAGUUACUGAUCAUCAAAAAGAAAGCAAAACAUAAGAAGCACAAAUCUGGAAAAAAAUCCAUAUCUAAGAAAGCAAUUACUAAGAAGAGGAAAACUGUCUCAAAGUCACCUGCUAGAUCCGAAUUUCAGCUUAUUUGCACUAAUCUUGAUGAACUCAGGGAAUUAAUCACAAAAAUCGAGAAUGAACUCAAAGAUCUGGAAAACAGUAGAAAAAAAUCGGGCAAAUGGUAUCAUCGGAGGCAAGCUGUAAAAGAAUUGCAUAGCACAUUGAUACGUCUUUUAAAUGAAUUGCUACCAUGGGAACCAAAGUUAAUGAAGGCUUUCCAAAGAAACAGGAGCCGCUUAAAGAAAGACUAUGAUGAUUUUAGAAGACAACCUGAUCAUGAUAAAUUUACUAGAGAACUGUGGACUACUGAAGAAUGUGAAGGAGAUCCUGGAAAAGAAUCUCCUAAAGUAGAAAUCAGUAAAUCUGUAGACUCAACAGAACCUCUAGAUAUCCUGGAGAAAGAUCACUUUGAUUCAGAUGAUAUGAAAUUAUCAGAAAUAGAUUUUACUAUGGCCAGAAGCAAGUUGUUGAAAAAGGAAUUUCUUUCUAAAGAUGUGCUGAAAACACUGCCUAAAACACUUAAGCGACAGUCCAAACCAACUAUUUAUCUGGAUGAUAGCACAAAAGAGCUUUCUCCAAGAAAAAAAGUAAAGUUAAGCACAAAUGAAACAAUUGAGAAUUUAGAAAGUGAUAUGCAGAGUGACUGUUUGAAUGAAUCAAAGCAUGCAGAACUACCAUUUCCAGAUUCAUCUGCCUCAGUGGAUUCAGUACCAGUGUCUACUCUGCAGAAAGGGACCAAACCUAUUCAGGCCUUGCUUGCAAAGAAUAUUGGGAACAAAGUGACCUUAACAAAUCAACUGCCCGCUUCCACGAGUAGAAGUGUUCCUUCUGUGGAAAACCCAUUUGUAUCUCCUCCAGAAACAAGCCCCAUAAAACCAGCAUUGACCUGCCUCACCAGUACAAAAGGCCCUUUACAAAUGGUAUAUAAAAUGCCCUGUGGCCAGUGGUUGCCAGUAGAUCUUCAUAAUAGCUCUGUAAAGAUUCAGAUGCAGCCUAUGGUGGAUUCUAAAACGGGAGAAAAAAUCAUGCAGCAAGUUCUUAUUCUGCCUAAGAAUUUUGUGAUUCAGCACAAAGAAGGAAAAGUAGUUACAAAAGAAAUACCACCACUUCAACAAAAAGGCACAGAACAACACUGUUCAUCUUUCCCACAGACAGCAAGUGUGAACCCUUCUUUAGCAUCAGUUCUUGUCAACUCAACAGGAACUAUUUCCACCCAACUACCUAAUACAGUUUUUAACAAGACUGUUACACCUUCAUCAAAUGUGAGUAGUCCUGGAUCACAACCAUUGUCACCUGUAACUUCUGUAAGUAAUUUAAUAACACCACCAGUAAAGACUAGCCACAGUGAGGUAGGGAAAGUCAAGAAUGCAGUGUCAGCAGCUACAUUCCCCCAGCCCAUUGCUUCACCCACCAUUUCUUCAACAGUUCAGCCUCUGUUAUCAGCAACAACACUAAGUGGAUCUACAAAUUCUGGAAAUUCCCCCAACUGUUUUGCACAACAAACUGCUGAUUCUUUUGAAACAAAGCAAGAACUGAAAACUGUGUGUAUAAGAGAUUCACAAUCGAUUCUUGUUAGGACAAGAGGUGGAAACACUGGAGUUGUAAAAGUGCAGUCCAAUCCAGAUCCGCAUUCACCCAGCAGUUUGUCCUCAAGUUCAGUUUUCACUUUUGCUCCUCAACUUCAGGCAUUUCUGGUGCCAAAAUCAACAACUUCAUCAUCCUCUACUUUUUCACAAGUAGCUGGAAUGACUACAUCGUCUAGUCUCCCACCUUUUGGCCCAACACCAACUUCUGUUUCCAUUCCCUGUGGGUUUAGUCCCUCCAUAGGAAAAAAUCUUAAACUUACGUUAGGCCAACCCUCCAGCAAUGGUAAUUUGGGCCACACGAUAAAUAAAACCUCACACAUCACCGCUUCUCCCUUGAAGUCUUCUGCUUCUUCCAGCACUCUACUACCAUCAACAACAGAUAGUUCAGUAAGUGUAAUUAGUGUACCAGGAAAUUUUGGACAAACCACGGCAAAUGUUAUUCAUACUCCAACUAAACAGCAACAAAUAGAUUAUAUUACAAAAAGUUAUCCUGUUAUUACACGAUCAGAAGCAACAACAGCAACAAAUGGAGAUAUGAUCAGUGGGACUCCCAUUCAGAAACUUAUGCUAGUAUCAGCUCCAUCUGUUCUUUCUUCUAGCAGUACAACUACAGUUAAUGGGACACCUGCACUGACAUCUCCAGGUGUAUCUACUCAAAAAUUGGUUUUUAUUAAUGCUCCCAUUCCCAGUGGCACGUCAACCCCAACUGUUGUUGUAGAAUCAUUAAAACAGACUCUUCCUCACCCCUCGAAUAAAACAUAUGUUAAGACUCCAGAACAACCCCAAAUACUGUUAAUUCCAUCUACAGUGGAAGCACCAAUAAAAAUAAAUUCUUCACAGACUGUGUCUCAGAUAAAAGAUGUGAAAAUUGGACUAAAUAUAGGUCAAGCAAUUGUAAAUCCUUCAGGAAGUGUGCCAACUAUACCAUCAAUUAAUAUAUUGCAGAACAUAAUCCCAAAAGGAGAAGACAAAUGUGGCAAGGCUUGUGUGUUGCCAUUGUCAACAAGUGGUAAUUCAAUUCCAGGAAGCUCAAAUUUUGUGAAUCAAAACAUUACUCCGGUUAAUGAAUCAGUGGUUUCCACAGCAAGAACAAUAAACAUGUUUUCAGUAACAAGAGCAAAUGUUUCUUUGGGUUCCCUUUCAGUGACCUCAUCCUCUGCUUCAGUUGGCACAAGACCUCCCAUUUCAGUAAGUGGAAAUGAUACCUCUUCAAGAAUUAUGCCUCUUUUGUCAAAUAGGCUUUGCACUUCCAGUCUGGGAAAUACUGUGGCCAUAUCAACUGUGAAAACAGGACAUCUUGCAUCAUCUGUUCUGAUUUCAACUGCACAACCAACAGUGUCUCCUAAAUGUUUGACAUCAGCUUUGCAAAUCCCUGUUACUGUUGCCUUGCCUGCACCUGUGACUGCUUCCCCUAAAAUCAACACAGUUCCACAUUCAGCAACAAUACCAGAAUCCACACUUUCUGUAUCUCUUUCUAAAAGACAAUCUCGGACUUCUCUCCAGAUUCAGUCACCAGGGAUUUCAACUACAGUGCCAACAAAUAUAAACACAAAUAAACCUCAAGCUGAAUUGUCAUCCCUUUCACCAAGUCCAGUUUCUCCCUGCCAGACUCGGACUGAGCCACUGUUUCGUGGGACACUAUAUGCAGAACUCUAUGAGGAGAGCCCUUGCAAGUGGAGAGAACCGACAGCAAAUGACAGUCUGGAAGCCUGGGAGAGGCCUAGAGCUCAACCCACAGGAGUCUCUGGCAGAGGUGGAGGACCGAGUCCCGGAAGAUGGCUUGUGAUGAGCAUCCUGAAGCAGAACAUCAAAUGUCUAUACAAAAUUAAGACUAAAGUAUGAGGGAAAUCAUUUC